AACGAAAUAAUCUUUGUCAGGUAUUUUUCCACAAACCAAAAAUAUCAAAUUCCGAAGACCAUAACCCUAAAACAUUCGUCAAACACCAAAAUCACUCGAUUUCCCAAAACAUAAAAAUGGUUCAUCUGCCAGAAACAGUCGUAGAAACGAUCAUAAACAACCUAACAACCAACAGCGACCGCAAUUCGGCAUCCUUAGUGAACAAAACAUGGUACUCGGUCGAUAGAUACAGUCGUCGCGUUGUAUACGUAUCGAAUUGUAACGCGAUAUCGCCACAAAGAGUGAUAGACAGGUUUCCAAACCUCCGAUCACUUACCUUGAAACACAAACGUGGGGUUUUGUCGUAUCCACCGAUUUUAGUCCCUGAUCACGAUCCAUCGUUUGAUCCAUGGGUUGAUGUUUUGUGUAAUAACUGUCCGUUGUUGGAGAGACUUUGGUUGAAGAGGGCGCGUGUUUCUGAUCAGAGUCUUGUUAUGAUAUCGAUUCGGUUUGCUAAGUUUAAGUCGUUGAGGUUGAAUUGGUGCAGUGGAUUUAGUGUUGUUGGUCUUUCGGCUAUUGCUUCCAGUUGCUCGAUUCUUGAGGAAUUUGAAGUGGACAGAUGUAAUGUUAUGGAUAACACCAGCCGGUUGCUUAGUAGCUUUCCAGAGACUUUGACUUCACUUAAAUCGUUGAAUAUAUCUUGCGUUAAAGGAUUAGUGAAUCCGAUAGAUCUUGAGCGGUUAGUUGCUAGAUGUCCAAAGUUGACGACUCUGUUGUUAAACAAAACAGUGUACGCUAACACUAUUCAAAGAAUCUUGAGUCAAUACUCACGAUUUGUGCACUUGGGUGUUGGAUCUGCUAAUCAAAACUUGGAGAUUCUUCUACCUUAUUUUCUGCUAUCGUUAGCAUUAGGCAAAUGUCAAUUCAUUCAAAGCCUCUCGUUUUUCUACCUGAUUCCCACUAAGUUAAUGCAUGCCUUUUAUCCAAUUUGCCCAAAUCUGGUUGCUGUGAAUUUGAGGUAUUCUGCAGUGACUCCUAACGAGCAAGUCAAGUUUAUUUCAAAAUGCCCCAAUCUUAGACGUUUAUCUGUACGAGGUUGUAUUGGAGAUAUAGGUAUUAAAUCUGUGGUCAAUAGCUGUGAAAACUUGGAAGAGUUGAAGGUAUACCAUGAUACAGAAAUUACUGGUGUGUCAGAAGUGGGUUUGAUUGCGAUAUCCAGAGGGUGUCAAAAGCUUAAAUCUUUAAUCCUAUUUUGCAAUCGAAUGACGAAUGAUGCCCUAAUAACUUUUGCCAAGAAUAGUCCAAAUGUUACCUGCUUCAAAUUAAUUAUUUCUACUUCCAAAAUGCCAGACCACAUGACUCUUCAAGCAUUUGAUCACGGUUUUAGGGCAAUAGUACAAUCAUGCAAGAACCUCAAGAAGUUGGGACUCUCGGGACUUGUAACCAAUGAUGUUUUUCUUUAUAUUGGAAUGUAUGCAGAAAGAUUGGAAGAGCUUUCUGUGCUCAAUGGAGAUGAAAGUGAUGCGGGCCUUCACUAUGUGUUCAAUGGGUGCAAGAGUUUAAGGAAGGCGGAGAUUCGUCAUUAUCCUUAUGCUGAUGAUGCAAGUUUAGCUGCUUUUUAUGGGUAUUGAAAUAAGCUAUGAGAUUCCUUUUGAUAAGUUAUUGUGAAACUAAAUUUUUGCGUUUGUUAAACCGAGCCUUAAGGCCUUAAACGUUGGUGAUAUAUAGACAUAGCAAUUAGUUAUCAAAGUUCUUA